GCGGCGGCCAUGGCCGGUGGGCCGGGCCCGGGGGACCCCGCGGCCCCCGGCGCCCAGCACUUCUUGUACGAGGUGCCGCCCUGGGUCAUGUGCCGCUUCUACAAAGUGAUGGACGCCCUGGAGCCCGCCGACUGGUGCCAGUUCGCCGCCCUGAUCGUGCGCGACCAGACCGAGCUGCGGCUGUGCGAGCGCUCCGGGCAGCGCACGGCCAGUGUCCUGUGGCCCUGGAUCAACCGCAACGCCCGCGUGGCCGACCUCGUGCGCAUCCUCACGCACCUGCAGCUGCUCCGCGCGCGGGAUAUCAUCACGGCCUGGCACCCUCCCGCCCCCCUUCUGCCCCCCGGCACCAGCACCCCGAGGCCCAGCAGUCCCCCUGCACCCUCUGAGGCCGAGGCCCCCCGCCCCCGGAAGUUGCAGACGUCAGCCUCCACACUCCCCUCCCCAGUUUUUCCAGGCUCCCAAACCCAUUCUGGGGCUGAGCUGGGUCCUGUCCCAAGCCCUGCUGCCCUCCAGCCACCACCACCAUAUCCAGACCCUUCCUCUACCAAGCCUAACCCGGAGAGCCCAGUGUCCCUCCUGCAGGGGGCCCACCCCUCUCCAUUCUGCUGGCCCCUCACUGAGAUUUCCCAAGGCACCCACAACUUCUCAGAGGAGCUGAAGAUCGGGGAGGGCGGCUUCGGGUGUGUGUACCGGGCUGUGAUGAGGAACACGCUGUAUGCUGUGAAGAGGCUGAAGGAGGGGGCAGACCUGGAGUGGACCACAGUGAGGCAGAGCUUCCUGACCGAAGUGGAGCAGCUGUCUCGGUUCCGUCACCCAAACAUCGUGGACUUUGCCGGCUACUGCGCCGAGAGCGGCUUCUACUGCCUCGUCUAUGGCUUCCUGCCCAGUGGCUCCCUGGAAGACCGCCUCCACCUCCAGGCCUGCCCCCCUCUCUCCUGGCCUCAGCGACUCAACAUCCUCCUGGGCACGGCGCGGGCGAUUCAGUUUCUACAUCAGGACAGCCCCAGCCUCAUCCACGGAGACAUCAAGAGCUCCAACGUCCUUCUGGAUGACAGACUGAUGCCCAAACUGGGAGACUUUGGCCUGGCGCGUCUCAGCCGCUUCGCAGCGGCCAGUCCCGGUCAGAGCAGCACCGUGGCCCGGACGCGGACCGUGCGUGGCACUCUGGCCUACCUGCCCGAGGAGUACGUCAAGACGGGGCGGCUGGCCGUGGACACCGACACCUUCAGCUUCGGCGUGGUAGUGCUGGAGACCCUGGCUGGCCAGAGGGCCGUGAGGACGCAUGGUACCAAGACCAAGUAUCUGAAAGACCUGGUUGAAGAAGAGGCUGAGGAGGCUGGGGUGGCCCUGAAAAGCACCCAGACCACACUCCAAGCAGGUCUGGCCGCAGACGCCUGGGCCGCCCCAAUUGCCGCCCAGAUCUGUAAGAAGCAUCUGGACCCCCGGCCUGGGCCGUGCCCCCCCGAGCUGGGCCUGGCGCUGGGCCAGCUGGCUUGCUGCUGUCUGCACCGGCGGGCCAAAAGGAGACCCCCCAUGACCCAGGUGUAUGAGAGCCUGGAGAGGCUGCAGGCGGCCGUGGCGGGGCCAGCGCUGGAGCCCGAGGCUGCCGGCCACGGCCCCCCUUCCCCCCAGGAGAACUCCUACAUCUCCACGGCCGGCAGCGCCCCGAGCGCUGCCGGCUCGCUGCGGCCCCUGGCGGUUCCCCCGGGAGCCCCAGCCCCGGCUCCAGACUGGCUCCAGAAGGGCCCCAACCAGCCCGUGGAGAGUGACGAGAGCGUGUCCGGCCUGUCUGCUGCCCUGCAUUCCUGGCACCUGAGCCCGAGCUGCCCCCCAGGCCUGGCCUUGCCCGGCAGCCCCGGGCAAGGCGCCGCCGUGUGGGCCCCGGCACCCCUCGGGAAGGCCGGCGGUACCGAAGGGGGUGCCACCCAAGCGUCGAGCUGGGGGAGCGGCCCAGGGCCCCGGCUGACAGCUAUGGAAGGACCGCUCUUGGGUAGCUCUCUGUCAUCACAGCCACCACAGAUCGUCAUCAACCCAGCCCGGCAGAAGAUGGUGCAAAAGCUGGCCUUGUAUGAGGACGGGGUCCUGGACAGCCUACAGCUGCUGUCGUCCAGCUCACUCCCAGGCUUAGGCGUGGAGCGCCAAAACAGGCAGGGGCCGGAAGAGAGCGACGAAUUUCAGAGUUGAUGUGUUCACCUGGCGGAUUCCCCGAACCUGGAAGUCAAAGUUCUCAUAGUUGGAAGUUCUCGUGGCUCUCGGAUCCUCAGCAGCCCGUGGGCGGUGGGGGGUGGGGGUGUCCUCCUCGCAGGCUCCAGGCGCGCGGGCACAGGCUGGGCUCAGAGCCGGCUGCUAGCCGUCGACAGGCAGGACACCGCAAAGGCCUGCCUUCGUUCCGGCCUUUGGGGGACGGGCGAGCUGUUCUCAUCGGAGGGGUGCAGGGGUGUGGGAGGAAUGCGUGUCUGAAGGCUGCCGGCCUCGCAGGCCAGGGGAGAGAUGUGAGUGUGGCUGCCGGGUGGAGCAGGGAGCUGGCUCCCCUAAGAACUGGGCAGGGCGGCCCUUAGCCCUUCCCUUGGGACUCAGCUGAAGCCCUGGGGGAAAGGGGCCACCGUGUGGGACAGAGCCAAUGAGGCUGCGCCGCUCCCCCCCCCCCCCC